GCGGUGCGCGCCGGGAGCGGGCGGGGCGGCGGCGGAGCGCGGGCUGGGAGGCCCAGGAUGGCGGAGAGACCGGAGGACCUGAACCUGCCCAACGCCGUCAUCACCCGCAUCAUCAAGGAGGCGCUUCCUGAUGGAGUCAAUAUUUCCAAAGAAGCCCGGAGCGCAAUCUCCCGAGCAGCCAGUGUGUUUGUGCUGUAUGCAACAUCGUGUGCAAAUAACUUUGCCAUGAAGGGGAAGAGGAAAACCCUGAAUGCUGGGGACGUGCUCUCUGCCAUGGAGGAGAUGGAGUUCCAGAGAUUCGUGGCCCCUCUGAAGGAAUCCCUGGAAGUUUACAGGCGUGAGCAGAAAGGAAAGAAAGAGGCCAGGAAAGAUAAAGACAAGAAGGCAGACUCGGAGGAGCAAGAUAAGAGCCGAGAGGAGGACAAUGAUGACGACGAUGAAAGGAUGGAGGAGGAAGAACAAAACGAUGAGGAAGAGGUGGACAACUGAGCUGGCUCGUGGGCAGGGGCUGGGGUGUGCUCAGAGGGAUGUGAAGGCUGUAAAUCGACCUUGCUGCAUCCCCUCGUGUUUCCACUAGAGCUUUGUGCUGCCCCUCUG